AUGCCCUUUUUUAAUAAAUGUUUUCAAAACGUCUUUGCAAAGGAUUCCAAACCUUUUUACUUUUCCAAAAAACUUGGAUCUCAACUGCCUGUCCAAGAAUCUAUAAUUCCAGAAGAGGCCGAAAGGUUUCUCAUUGCUGAAGGUGUUAGACGCUCCACAAUUGCCGGUAAGAAAAGACCGUGCAAAAGAGGUGAUGUUUGCAAAGUGUCCUUGCUGUUCCAGGGGUUCAGGACAAAAUUCAAAUCGUUCAACCCAAAGAUGUUCCAAUGGAUGAAAUGGUUGCAGCAAGUAAACGACACCGAUUUUAUACAAUCGUUUGUUUCGAAGCAACAUUCUGUGGUUAGAAUUGGUGAGUCUGCAUUUACAUCUGCUGAUAAAAAGUAUCUCAUCUACAGAGUUUCAAAGGAACACUUUGAAGAAAUUGAAAGUGAAGUUGCAAAUUCAACUACUCUCUGGGAAGAAGAUUUAGUUUUGCCUCCAUAUCUUCAUCUUUUUAGUAUGAAGGUCUAUGAUGAGGACAGGUACUAUACUAUAAGCCCUGUUCUUGACAACAAGGCUGAUAGGGAGUACCCUUCGGAACAAGACACAAACAGCGCUAACUACACAAACAGCGCUAAUUACACAAACAACACUAGUUACACAAACAACACCAAUUACACAAACAACACAAACAACACAAACAACGCUAACAACGCUAACAACACCAACAACACCAACAACACAAACAACGCUAACAACACCAACAACACCAACAACGCUAACAACACCAACAACGCUAACAACACCAACAACACCAACAACACCAACAACACCAACAACACCAACACCAACAACACCAACAACAACACCAACAACACCAACACCAACAACACCAACAACACCAACAACACCAACAACACCAACAACAACAACAACAACAACAACAACAACAACAACAACAACAACACCAACAACACCCACAACACCAACAACACCAAUGAUGCUAACUACAUAAGUGAUUUCAUUUCUACACGAAACACUUGCUAUAUCAAUGAAGCUUUGUCUACUGCGCAUUGUUCCCGCACGUCGUGGCAACACAUAUACUGUAUUGACCAAGAUAGUAUAAUGGGCACUAUCGGAAUUCCAAUGCUUGCCGAGGAGAGGGAGAAUCUACUCUUAAAGCUUUCACAACAAACAAAACAUCUUGAAUUGUCUUUAAUGAGAAAAUUCGACCAAAAAUCCAAGUUUGGUUUGACGCCCACCACCGAAUUUAUAAGGGAGAGGGCAGGAUUAAGACUCUCUUCAGGUUUGGCAAAGAAAAGGUCAGAACACCUGAAGACUGCUGACUCACACAUUUAUUCUGAACUUGGCAGAUCCUGCGACAAAAUGGCGCCUUUUUCGUAUGAUCUUGUACGGGGGACGAAAAAUGUGGAGGACGCAUAUGCACUAGGGGUAUCAACAAGGCACAGCGGGAUCAUAGAAUCACAGGUUGAGUUGUAUAAGUCACCGUGCAAGUUGUUUCAGAUGGUGCAGAAGAAGAGCUUGCGGAAUCAGCUCUCGGGGUUUAAUUUUGCUACAUAA